AUGUUUCUUUUCUUAUUACUCACAACAUCUCUUGGAUUCCGUUUCCAAAACAUUCGUUUUGGAAGAGAAACAGAUAAAAGUGAUGUUAUAGAACAUGUUUCAACACAACCAAUUGAUCACUUUGAUUUAACUAAUAAGAAGACAAUAAAUAUUCGAUAUUUUAUUAAUGACACUAUAUAUAGUAAAGAAGCACCGCUUUUGGUUGAUCUUGGAGGAGAAGGACCACAAAAAGCAGCUGCUGUUGGUGGAAGAUUUGUUAUUAAUAAGUAUGCAGAGAAAUAUAAUUCAUUAAUGCUUGCAAUUGAACAUAGGUUUUAUGGAAAGUCUGUUCCAGAAGGAGGGUUGUCACAAGAAAAUCUUGGAUACCUUAGUGCAGCUCAAGCUUUAGAAGAUUAUAUUAUGAUUAUUAAUCAAAUCAAAAAGGAAUAUCAAGUCACUGGUCCUGUUAUAGUCUUUGGUGGUUCAUAUAGUGGAAACCUUGCUGCUUGGAUUAGACAAAAAUAUCCAAAUGUAGUUUAUGCAGCUGUGGCUUCAUCUGCACCAGUUUAUGCUACAUCUACUUUUUAUGAAUUUUUAGAUGUUAUUUACAAUGAUAUGGGUGAAAAAUGUGGUAACGCUUGGAAAGAAGCUACUGAAAGUAUUGAAGAACUUUUCAAAACAGAUUCUGGUAAAGCCCAACUUAAGAGUGAUUUUAAUGCAUGUACCGAUAUUAAUGGAGAAGACGACCUUACUAUUCUUAUUCAACAAAUCCAAGCAACAAUGAUAAAUUAUCCACAAUAUAAUGGAAGUUAUUCAUUAACUAUUGAAGGUGUUUGUAGUAUAUUAACUACUGAAGGAAAAACAGCUUAUGAGAAUAUGGUUGAAUUAAUGAAUCAUGCAUUUAAUGAAUUUGGAUUUAAAUGUGCACCAUCAAGUUAUGCUGAUAUGCUUACAGAUAUGGCAAAUACUAAAACAGAUGAAGAAGGAAAUAGACUUGCAUCAACAAGAAGUUGGGCAUGGCAAAUUUGUAGUGAAUACAGUUAUUUCCAACCAGUUAAUGAAUCUCUUCCAUUUUCAAAGAGACUUAAUAAUGAAUUUUAUUAUCUUCUCUGUAAAGAUAUUUUCAAUGUAGACAAACAACGUUUAGAUAGAAGAGUUCAUCAUACCAAUUUAAUGUAUGGUGGUUAUCAACCAAAAGCUACUAAUGUAGCUUAUACUUCUGGUUCAACUGAUCCAUGGAGUCCAUUGGCUAAACACGAAACCCUUCCUUCAGAUAUUAAUUGUUAUGCUUCUCAUAUCAAAGGUACUGCUCAUUGUGCUGAUCUUUAUGCUGAGAAAGAUACUGAUCCAGAACAAUUAAAACAACAAAGAAUAGAAACUGCACAAUUCAUUGAUGAGUUAAUUUCAAGAUAUCAUAAUUAA